UGUUCGCAUUCCUUCAUGUAAUCGAGCACUUCGUCGCUUUUCUGUGUUUUCUUUCUUUUUGUUUUGCUUUUUGGUUUGGUUUGUUUCCUAGCAAUGGCUUGGCCGUGCAUCAGCAGAGUGUGCUGCUUGGCUCGGUUCUGGAACCAGUUCGAUAAAUCGGAUUUGUCGGUUCCGCUAACGGUUCAGAACUACUCUGACAUCGCGGAGCAGGAGGUGCGAUCCGUCACCAAACUCGUUUCCACGGAACGGGCGCCGAGCGUCGACUUCGUAACGCCGGAUCAUGCGGCGGGUGUCCGGCGGCCGCACCGGGGACGCACGGAAACGAGUUAUAAACCCCGCGAGGACUACCAUCCCCCGGGUGUGCCUUUCACGAGCGUCACCCAGUACAAACAGGAUUAUAAACCCUGGCCCAUCCCGAAGAAGGAUAACUUUCCCUGGAUUAGUAACGGAGGGAAAGGCGGCACUUUAACGGAGAGCCCGGUGAACGGUUACUCUAACGGCACGAGUCAUCCGCGGGCGGACAGACAGGAGCGCAGCGGGAGGCAGAGAGGAGGAGAUCAGCUCAGCUCAUACAGGCAGGAGUACCAGCCGUGGUCUGGAGCCCGGCCGCCAAAGCCUGCCCACAAACGGCCCACCUUCCUGGGUAAAGGUGCUGACGAGCCCCCACCGGAGACAAGCUACCAGGCGGCUUUCAGCCCAGACACACACAGACAAAUUGACGCCGGCGUACCAGAGACCAGCGCUCACACGCAGACAGAGAGAGCACACUCACACAGGACAGACAUCAGCAUGAAACCAGAGGAGCAGAAGACUAAGCUGUCACCAAACCCAUCUGCCGUCUUUGAAAGCAAAUCUAGGAUCUUCAACAUAUGAUCCAUCAACGCUCCGCACAUAAAGAUCCACAUUCACGUCUGAUUCAGCCUUUCACUAGAAGAGGAGACCAUUUUAAAGAACUGUCGAGAGACACCUGAAUGCUGAGAAACUGGAGUUAAUCUGAGAGACUAAGAUUGUCAGAGGAGAAGAAUGCUUUAGGAUGAAUAGAGAUGUGUUCAAUGCAAUUGAAAAUGCUUACGAAAAGCAAAACCAGUAUGGGAUUCUCUAAAUCAUUCCACUGAGGAAAUUACAGAACCAGAGGACGUUUGCUAGAAAUUUACACAAAGUAAAAUCUAUGCAAGGGAAUGUAUGCUUCAAAUGUCAACCAUCUACUAGAAGGAUAUGUUUGUAAUACAGGUUUAAGUGUGUGUGAGACAUAAAAAUGUGUGAUUGGGAAAGUUUUCACGCCUCAAUUUCUGCUGACCUUACUCUGUCCCAGCUGAAUGAAUACCUGCAUGUUUCAUAAUCGUUUUCUGAAUUAACUGAAUAUGCAACAUUUAAAAAAGGAACAAAAUGUAAUCUGGUAACUCAGUGUCUGGGUGUAUGUGUGUGCGUGUCCUGUACAAGCCUAUAGUUAAUGACAUGAUUUUGUAUAUAGUGAUGUUGGUCUGCCUUUAUUGAUCUGUUAAUGUCUGCUGAGGACGCCAGGUGCUUCUUAUCUUCAUUUUCUCGCUCCACAUUCUGCUAGCCCUUUAUGAACCCAUAUAAAGACUAGAACAUUAUGAAUCUUUCACUGAAUUGGAGGCUGUCCAAGUUUUUGUAAAUUUGGUUUAGACAUAAAUGGGGAAAAUACUUAAACUGUUUAAAUAAAAAUGACAUUUGUUUCCACAUUA